GAGGGACAACAGGUCAGAUCACAACAACAGAUCAGAUCACAACAACAGAUCAGAUCACAACAACAAGUCAAAACAGGUCACAGGAGAAAGGAGGAUAACUCAGCCUCGGAGUUGACGCUGGGUUUACUAUUCUUGGUGUAUCUAAUUUCUACAACAGACUCUCACAACACAAUUCUCUCUUUAAAGUUCUCUCCUCUCUUCAUAAUUUUUACCACCGCCUCUCUCAACUAAAUUCUGUCUUUCAUCCUUCCCUUUCCUCACCUCUCCCUCUCUGUGCACUGCAAGCUUAAUCCGGCUUUAAUGGGGUGUGGAAACUCCAAGCUUACUCCGGAAGGAGAGUCGAUUCUCCCCAUGAUUCGCCCACUUCUUUUCCGCACUAAAUUUGCGGAGUUCAGGAAACGUAAGAAUGGAACGCAUCUUAGAGAGACAGCGCUGUCAAAGAAAGUGCUUCUCAAAGAGGGAGAAAUAGAAGAAGAGAACUCCAUACUUCCUGUUCAUAACAGGAACAGCAUCUAUGGUUCCCAUGACGGCAAAACAAUUUGUUUGCACACCAAACAGGAGAAUCAUAAGGAUGAACAUGAUUCACCCAAUGCAAACCAUCUCUUGGAACAACACAAACCCAAUCACAAUGGCAGUCGGGUUGAAUUGAAAGAAAAUAAAACCAUGAACAACCAACAUAAGGCAGUGGAAGAAGGAGAUGAUGAAAACAAGGAAGAAGGAGAAGAGGGUAGGCCUGAGGAGGAAGACAAUCGAUGCCUCAUCUGUCCUGGAUCACCCAGUUUCAGAGUUUAUUUUGUUGAACAAACACCAAAUGAGAAACAAAAUGUUGAAAUGAAUGAUGAUGGAGACAUGGAAGAUGCCUCACUGAAGAAGUCGCCAAGUCGUGACAGCGUUGAGAGCAGCAGUAGUACAAAAUCUAACGAGGGCCAGGAGAAGAAGACGACAAAGAAAGGAAUAAAAGGGACGACUUUGAACAGAGCGGGGAGUAGAAAAAGACCAGUUGGAGUUGGUUUAAAGAGUCUGUUGAACGUUAAUAAUUGUUGCUAUCAUUUAAGUUGUACCGGCAAUGACAGCGGCAAUCAUCUAGCUAGAAAAGCUGAAUGUUAAGAGUAUCCAUUUCAAGGGGUUGGGGAAGGGAGGCUUCCUGCUCAUUUUUUAGGCCACUAG